AUGAAGACGCUGUGUUUGCCCGUGUUGCUGGUGGCUCUAGUUGUUUUACGUUCUGAAUCACAUCCAAGCCAUGGACGCCAUGAAAAAAGCCGUGAAAAUUUGAAAAAAAGGUUGCAAGAAGCCGGACUAGUUAAUUUGACCAUUCAUCAGGAAAAGGUAACAGAUGGGUCUUUUGUAUAGUACGCUUCAUCAACACUAUUACACCUCCAGAUCAAGGCUAACUUCAUUCCAAAAAUAACUAUAUUGACACUUUUACCAAACAAUUACUUCUAUAUUCUAUAAAUUUACCUUCUGUAAUAAUGUAAACAAUUUGCAAAUCCACGGAAAUGCUUAACAAUGUGUAACAUUAACACCGCUAAAGGAAAAAUAUUAGUACUGCAGUCAAUUGCUAUCCUUAUUGAAGUAACUAACAAUUAUUUAACUCCUUACAAUCGUCUCACUUUAAUUUCUCUGCCAGGGUCUAGAGAGAACUCUCACAAAAAGAGUAUUCUCUGAAAAAGGUCAAAUCUUGGAGUGCAGCUACUUUUUUUAACCUCCGCCUUCUCUGAAUAAACCUCCGUUUUACUUAUUCAGAACUUUAGAUAGGUAAACGGGAUUAGGGAAAAGGAAUCGAGAAAAUCAGUUCUGGAAAUUAGCUUACCAAUUAAUGGGAUUAGGUUAGGCAGUUUCUUGGGCGAUUUCUUAUAAUUUUAAGAACCAACAGAAGAAUCCAGGAAUGACGUAAACAUAUGUUUUAUGGCGAUAAAACUCGAUUUGUUGGAGCUCCCUUUUCAAUAAAAAAUGAGAUUCGAGUAGCUAAAAAUUGUAAUAAACCCCUUUCGCCUUACAACUUGGGCCGGAAUAAGAAUUAUUCUGAAGCGAGCAUGAGAAUCUGUCUUGGGAGAGAAAGGAUUAAGUUAAGAAAUAAAGACCGAAAAUUGCCCGUCCGCCGUCUUCUGUUCAGUGUGGCUUUCUUUUUUUCUUUCUUUCUCUCUCCCUCGCUCUUGCUUGCCCCUUUCUUAUGAACUUUCUUUUUUACCUUGUUUUCAUUCAUUUUCUCUUUUUUUCCAGGUCGGACAAAAGCGUUUUAUUGGCGGAAUCAUGGCAGCCUUCACUCUUUUUAACAAUCUUGCCGACUUUAUGGGGAGGGUCAACAACGUAGUAAGCUGGUUUGACAACAUCGACCGCUUUAUGGGAUCAGGAGGAACACAAAGUGAAAGUAAAAUUAAUGUCGAAGAGAUCAAUGAGUUGAAGACAAGGUUGGAUGGUUUAGCGACUGACGUGGAGAGUAAGAUUGAACGCAGAAUGUUUAUGUUUACAAUGUAUAACGGAUUCGCUUCUCUUAGAGAAAAAUUGGAGGAAAUGAAGCAUUUAUCAUUUUAUUUUUGGUAUACAAUGCCUGAAUUUUGUUGUCGGUCGCAGUUUACUUUACGGACCGAACCUCCCUUUCGGUAGGUGGGAUAUUGGUAGAAGGAUAUAUAAAAACGUUUUAUUCUAGCAUCGUUUCGGGUCGGUAAUUGAUGAUGGUUAAGUUUCGCCAUUUUCCCUCUAAUGGGUAGACAUAACAUGCAGCUAGGUUUACUGUAAGAUGAUUGUUUCUUGACCUGUUAAGGACCACUAAACGUUUUAAAGGGCGACCACCUAACUACACUGUCGUUUUUAAUACUGUAACCACAGAAAGAUAUUUCACUGAUGACUAUAUAUACUCAAUGUAGUCAAUUUGUUAUAUCAUUUGCUGAACUUUUCCAUAGACGGGUUCAAAAGCCUUCUUGCUGGAGGUGAAUACACAGAUGUGUUGAAUAUUGUGGCCGGAGACGUAAGGAUUUUACAGCUUAUUGAUGGUUAUCAAAAGGAAUACUUAGAAGAGGUGAAGCGUUACAAAGAACGACCUGCGGGGGAGAGAAAUAGCGACGAAAUGGCUGCAAGCGAAAACAGCUGGUUCGAGAGUGUGAGUUUGUUUCUUAUUCUGACUAUUCAGAGGAAAACCCCUAUUUCGUCUAACAUAUACAUCCAAGCCCUCUAUAUUUCCCAUAAUUCGCAUAUAAAUCUCCUAUUGGAUUACUGGGGGUAACGCAAGGUAUAAAAAUCGCUUACCAUUCAAUGAGUAAUAUUCAAUAAAUGAGCAGGAGUGUUUUAUCAAGUUUAAAACACGAGGCGCAGCGGAGUGCUUUAGGACUUGAUAAAACACGAAUUGCGAAUUUAUUGAACGGCUUCAAAAGCUUUACCGUACAUCUAUCCAUUCUUACACUAAUUUUCUAGACUCUGGGUUAUUUUGGUCUAGAAAAUCGGACGUAAAAUUUAGCCGCGUCUUUAUCAGAUAUAAGGACACUCAUUAAACAUUAAUUUCGUUUGUUUUUCCAUCCUGAGUUAUUAAUGAGUUUUUGAAAAAAAAUUAAGGAAUUAAGAUAUGGUAGACGAGUAAGCAAUACAUAAACAAGAGUGUCAGAGAUGCGCGAUAUCCCAUACCGGAGUUUAUGAUGAAAUGUACCACGCCAAACUUUAGAGUUUAGUGUUGGGGCUCCAGGUUGGUGUCUCUCAAUGGUCAAUAGAAACAUCUGUUAUUCACUUUGGCCGGCUUUCUCAAAACCAUUCUCUUUUCUGCUGAACCUGCAAACAUUCACAUAAACACCUAUCUUGACUAUUACCUGUUCGGGGCUCGAUACAUGCCGCAUGAGCGCUCGCCUCCCACCAAUGUGGCCCGGGUUCGAAUCCUGGCGUCGACGCCAUAUGUGGGUUGAGUUUGUUGUUGGUUCUCUCCCUUGCUCCGAGAGGUUUUUCUCCGGGUACCCGGUUUUCCCCUCUCCUUAAAAACCAACACUUUCAAAUUCCAAUUCGAUCUGGAACGCACGGACACGUUUCAACGAGUUCUUAUGAACUCCUUACAAUUUACAAUUUUUUUUUUUUGAAUUAACGUUUCAUGUUAUAUUCGAUCGAUUACUCUCAGACGCUCAAUCGCUCCUUUAGCUGCAGCCAUCUUUAUGCCACACACUGAGAAACAAAUCUGAAAUUCAAUCUGAUGUCAGGCAAAAACCGAUUUGGGUAUCAUAUCCUAUACUUAGUGCUUGCAGAUGACGAGACAAUAUAAAAGGUGGAAUCCUAACUCGCCGUUGGAUUAUUAAAGACUUCAAUAUUCUUAAAUAAUGUGUUGUUAAAUAUACGUAACAGGGUAGAUUAUAAUAGAACAUUUUAAUCGAUCGUUGUUGUUGGAAAAAAAACAAAGACAACUAUAUGGUUGUAAGAUCUCCCGAUAACCAAGUCAACGUAAACGUUUAUAACAUUAUUCAUCGACGAACAUUUAAUUAAACAACUGGGGUCUCCAGAUACAACAUUGGGAUAAUAAACAGACUAAGGUAUUAUCUAGAUUAAUAAAAAGAUGAAAAAAUUGCAUUACACUUUAAUCCUUCCAUACCUAAAUUAUGGCAUUCUUAGCUGGGGUAGUACGUAUAACCCCAGAGUGAGUGAGCUCCGUGUGCAGCAAAAUAAAUGCAUACGUAACAUUUUCUAUGCCCACUGACUGAUUCCAACUUACCUGGAAUCCUAAACUUUGAUAAUAUCCCGAAAUUCAGCAGUAUUUGCCCAUAAACUUUUACAUAAUAAGAAAAGCAUUCCAGUUGUAUUCUCUGACUUCAUAGCUCCGGCAACAAUAACUCAGGCUUCGAACCCCCCAGGUGAUGUUUCAGCUAAGACAACUAUAGCUUUUCGGCAACGUGGCGACGGCUUGACUCUCCCGGACACACCAGUGUCCCACUGGUUACCUUCGGCUUUUAGACAAGUUUGUGGAUUCAUCCAGACAGUAGCCAUUAGGCUGGCAUCAAAAGUAGUAGAUAUCCAGCUUUUAUUAGGGUGCUCUGUAACACAAGGAUCAUUACGUGGCCAUCCCACCAACGUUUUGCAUAGUUUGAUUCAGUUGAAAAGAUGAAAUAUUUAGCCCUUUGUGUGCGGCAUAGAUAGAUAGCCUAUACGAAAUACCAAGCCCAUUGUUGAUGUUGUUAUUCAUUUAUCCAAAAUCUACAAAUUGACAAACAUACAUCAACGAAACUAACACUAUACAUUAAAUAAAAAAAGAAAAGGCCACACCCAUUUUAUGUCAAUCGUAAUUGUUCACUCUUUGAAGCAAUGAUGCUUUUUUAUACAAGUAUCUUUUCUUUCAGCAGCAAUUCUGCCAAAAUCAUUUAAGCCUUGGAAUCAAUUAUCAAAUUUGCGUGUUAGAGAACGUAGGUAUUUAUUCAUUUAUUAUCUUUGGUUGUCAGAUUGAGGCCAGAGACGACUCUCUUGAGGACGCUCUAGGCAGUCUACGUUUGCAAGUUUGCGGAAAACCUUUGCUGACCCAAACAAGUUUGUACGAAGCUUAUGCCUGGAAACACGGACAGCAAUCUACAGCUGAGGGCAGCGUGGAAAACCUGAUGGAAUUUAUAUCUAGGGUUCGCCUUUUAGAGGCCAAUGGGUAUGCCGUGCGAAAAAAUUUUGUUAUGAAAAAGUACAAGGACAACACGGCGCGGAAUAACACAGAAGUAAGAAGAAUUAACACUCGGAUGGAACAGACUAAGGCAUGUGAAGACCCUGCCAUUGCCAGGGCCAUGUCGAGAAUGGUUGAUCAUCAAGGUUGGUGGGUUUUGAAAAAUGUCUCCUUGGAAUACGGAAAAAAGAAAUAUUUUCUUAUUCUGAUAAAGGCUUCUAUGAGUAUCUGAAGCAGUAAAGUUAAGCCAAUUAUAUCGUUCCUUAAUAGCUUAAUUCAGGCACAGAGGAGGCUAAAUAAGGCGCGAUCAAACCACGAAAUUUGCCUCAAUAAUUAAACCUAUUUCUAUCACUAAGUUGCGCGGAAAAUUCUAUCACAGAGCUUAGUCAAAAAAUGUCUAAAAAUUAUUUCAUGAUACAAUAUGCAUUCGUCAGCCAUCAAUCUCAAUCAGAAAAUAUUAAAAUUAAAGUUCAUCGUAGUUGUGAUCGUUACCUAAGCUGGGGCCAGUUUCUCNUGUCAAUCGUAAUUGUUCACUCUUUGAAGCAAUGAUGCUUUUUUAUACAAGUAUCUUUUCUUUCAGCAGCAAUUCUGCCAAAACCAUUUAAGCCUGAGGAUCUUGGAAUCAAUUAUCAAAUUUGCGUGUUAGAGAACGUAGGUAUUUAUUCAUUUAUUAUCUUUGGUUGUCAGAUUGAGGCCAGAGACGACUCUCUUGAGGACGCUCUAGGCAGUCUACGUUUGCAAGUUUGCGGAAAACCUUUGCUGACCCAAACAAGUUUGUACGAAGCUUAUGCCUGGAAACACGGACAGCAAUCUACAGCUGAGGGCAGCGUGGAAAACCUGAUGGAAUUUAUAUCUAGGGUUCGCCUUUUAGAGGCCAAUGGGUAUGCCGUGCGAAAAAAUUUUGUUAUGAAAAAGUACAAGGACAACACGGCGCGGAAUAACACAGAAGUAAGAAGAAUUAACACUCGGAUGGAACAGACUAAGGCAUGUGAAGACCCUGCCAUUGCCAGGGCCAUGUCGAGAAUGGUUGAUCAUCAAGGUUGGUGGGUUUUGAAAAAUGUCUCCUUGGAAUACGGAAAAAAGAAAUAUUUUCUUAUUCUGAUAAAGGCUUCUAUGAGUAUCUGAAGCAGUAAAGUUAAGCCAAUUAUAUCGUUCCUUAAUAGCUUAAUUCAGGCACAGAGGAGGCUAAAUAAGGCGCGAUCAAACCACGAAAUUUGCCUCAAUAAUUAAACCUAUUUCUAUCACUAAGUUGCGCGGAAAAUUCUAUCACAGAGCUUAGUCAAAAAAUGUCUAAAAAUUAUUUCAUGAUACAAUAUGCAUUCGUCAGCCAUCAAUCUCAAUCAGAAAAUAUUAAAAUUAAAGUUCAUCGUAGUUGUGAUCGUUGCCUAAGCUGGGGCCAGUUUCUCGAAAGCCCCGGAAACUUUUCGGGCCUGUAAAGCUAUUUUUAGUUCAUCUGUACCUAAAAACGGAGAAGUGUAUACGCCUGAAACUUCUUGUUUGAAGGGAACCUCUCUUCAUAUUAAGAAUAUGUGAAUAAAACAGCUCUGUAAUCGUAAGGUUCGAGGUUUGCUAUUUUGCCGAAAAGUUUCCGGGGCUUUCGAGAAACGGACCCCAGUAUAACGAAAGGAAAUCUUGAAAAAAUCUAGGCUUGAACAGAAUUCGAACCCAUGACCUCUGCGAUCAUCUACGGGUUCAUUACGAACUCACAAAAGGACCGACGAAGUCCCAGUUGGCUUGAUAACUCAAUUAGCAGAGAACUGCACCGGUAUCGCAGGGGUCAUGGUUCGACUCCCGUUCAAGCCUGGAUUUUUUCCCGGCUCUCCGUAGGUUACUGCUUAAGAAGCGUUCAUAACAUCGACUUUAAUCUUUACAUGCUUCUGCCCGCAGUUCAACUACGUGUCUUUUAUAUAUUCUCUAGUACUCAAUCAGAAAAGUUAUCAUUCUUUUAGAAAAGUGUUGUCGCGAUUUUGAUGGCUUUGUUCCUACUUAUUUGGAAGUAGUAACGGAAUUUCGAGUAACAAAUCCCAGAAAUAAAAGGACGAUUGUUGACGAUUGGAAAAGGGUUUAAACGGAAAAUUACAGUGAUGCAGCAUAUUCACUCUCAUGAUCACUGUUGAUCUGUGUCCCAUAUACGCUACUUCACCCAUACUUUUAUAGAGUUUUCACUCACGUGAUCAAUGAGCAUGUUUUUCAACCAAACCAAAAGAAAACAUAUGCAUAAGAAUACAGUUCAAUUCCCGGAGGAUUAGUUUAGGACACCCACAUGGCUGCCGUUCCUUUGUUUAGGGACACCAACAUGCCCGCCCUGACGUCACUCUAUGGAGUGUUUUCGCCUGACGUAACGGCGACCAUGUUGGUCUAGAGAACAACAGCGAAAGGGUCUUUUGAGAACUUGACUCUAUUAUUAUGCAAAACGAAUUCGAUAUUUUGCUGUUGUUUUGUAUACCAACACGGCCGUCUCAUCACGUGUGUGAAAACACUCUAUUGUUUGUUUGUUUUUUCGUGACAGUUUGUUUAAACUUAGCCUUUAAAUCGUUGUUAUCACUUUCCUAGGUAUACCUAUUUUUGGGAGAAUUCGCUGGUCACAUUCACAUCGAAACAGAUCAACUGGAGAGUCUUACGACAGGUUUGUUAGGAUAUACAGCGUUUUAUGAAGUUUUAAAAAUGUCCUUGUUUGCUUUAUUUUAAUUACUUCUUGGUUUGAAUGGGAUCAUACUCUGUAUUUGGUGAGUAUCCUACCCAGAUUUUAGUACGAUGUAUUGGGCCACUUUUUUCCAGUUUUUUGAUAAUUGUUUGGGGUGAUUUUGGCUUUAAAAAAGCAACUGAUUAUAUCAAAAACUAUUUAAUAAAGUAAAAAUGUUACUGAAAAGAAAAUGAUGGAGACAGUAAUCGCAAAAGAAGAUUACAACACAAGUGAUAUGAUAUUCGAUGAAAUUCAAACAUAAAAGGUUUCAAACUCAAUGUUUAAAGAUAAAUGAGAGAAUUAAUAGUUACACAAGGGAUUCGCAGGAAGGAAAAACUAAAUUGCUUCUUGCAAAAGAUGUAUUUUCAUAUAGAAUAUCAGAAAACAUAAAAAUCUAGAUACGAAAGAGAUAAACGGUUAUGUCCUUCAUUAUGCUUACCACUAGACGGUGAAUUUGGAAAGAUGCUUAACAAAAUUGUAAUAUAAUGCAUAAAACAUUUAGUUUCCAUUGGCGGACUAAAAAGCGAUUAAAAUUGAAAAAAAAAGAGGAUUUUUAUUACAAGAUGAAAAAAAAAAAACUGAAAAAAACAGGUAAAAUGGUAAAAAACAAAAACAUGCCAGGAUCCCAUGAACAUGCUAAAUAAAUGACUGCAAGUGAAAUUAAGAACAUGUCUAAUAAUGGCAGUAUUAAACAAGUAUGAAAUAUAUAAAUCAAUUAUUCGAACUCUGUUAGAACACGCAGUGCCUACUUUGCAGAAUAUUAACAUGUAUAUUGGCCCAACCAUUAGAAGGUGUGCAGAAAAGAGUCAUGAGUAUUUUAUAUCCUAUGCAUCGCUGUCAACUGAACAGACCUUGGCUGUCGCCAUAUCUACCGACUACAUAGAAAAGUUAAAAUGCCUGGAACAUCCAUUAACUUUUCUUUUACCUAGAAAAGAACCGAUAGUUCCUAAUUAUAAUCUAAGAUCUAGGAGUAAUUUUAGAAGAUUCCGUUAAUGAGACCGGCAGAAGUGUAUAGAACCCAGCGCUCGCAGGAGUUUAUUACAUUAAAAUUUUAAUUUCACAUUGGCGUAGCAAAGAUUAUAUUUUACUUACUCAUUCAGUAUUUAUUGUAAUUAGUGAAUUUAUCUAUUACUAGUUAUAGUACUUCUAUAUAAUAUAGCUUAAAUGCAGCUUGUAUUGUACUCUGUAAUUCAGCCUUAUAGGCUGCAAUGAUUGUGACGUGAGUUUCAAUAAACAGUCUGUCUUCUUCUUCUUCAUCAUAUAAGUUACCUUUUGUCUUACCCUCCCAUUCCAUUCCUUCAAAACAGGUGUCUGACUUACGAGACUUCAUCUGGGGAGGCAGAGCCUGAAGCACGAUCUUGUUCAAGUAACGCGCAAAACCAACAAUGGAAACUCAAAGCUGAUAACACACUGCGGCCAAGGAAUGACGAAAGCAAAUGCCUUUUCCUGAUCGAACCGGAGGAGACUCGUGGAGCAUCAUUCGACGACUAUGGCUAUAAGGUCCUGCCCUGUAGCUCAAGCUACAACAACAAGAAGUUCACAUUCGAAUACUUGAGCCAUCAGAUACCAGGCGAGAACAAGUUACACACAUUUUUCAAACUUAAAGCGAAAAAUGACAAUUUUGAUCGCGAGGGAUGGCAAGGGCAAGACAUCUGUUUGGCUUUCAGGGCAUGGGGGGGAUAUGUGGGAACCGCGUUUGAGCGUUGGGUUCCACAACCGUUUCGAUGUACCUGUCCAAGAAUUAUAAAUGAGCUGCAUUGGUGUAUUGGGGAGAGUCCUCCAUGGCCUUCUGAUAACGAGUACCCCUGGUUCAAAUUUGAACCAGUUGAAUAA